CCGCGUCACGCCCGAGACCCCGCGCGCAGCCCGGAAGCGCCAGGCCUGCGGGCGCAGCGGCCGUGCGCGUCAUGAGCCGCAUCUACCACGACUGCGCCCUCCGGAACAAGGCGGUGCGGAGCGCGCGGCUGCCGGGGGCCUGGGACCCCGCCGCCCACCAGGGGGGAAAUGGCGUCCUGCUGGAGGGAGAACUGGUCGAUGUGUCUCGCCACAGCAUCUUGGACGCCCAUGACAGGAAGGAGCGCUACUACGUGCUGUACAUCAGGCCCAGUCGCAUCCAUCGCCGGAAGUUCGACCCCAAGGGAAAUGAGGUUGAGCCCAACUUCAGCGCCACCAGGAAGGUCAACACGGGCUUCCUCAUGUCGUCCUACAAGGUGGAGGCGAUGGGGGACACCGACAGGCUCACGCCCGAGGCCCUGAAGGCACUGGUACAAAAGCCAGAGCUGCUUGCGCUGACAGAGAGCCUUACCCCCGACCAGACAGUGGCGUUCUGGAUGCCCGAGUCGGAGAUGGAGGCCUUGGAGCUGGAGCUGGGGGCCGGGGUACGGCUGAAAACUCGAGGCGACGGCCCCUUCCUGGAGUCCUUAGCCAAACUUGAGGCUGGAACAGUGACCAAGUGUAAUUUUGCUGGUGAUGGAAAGACAGGGGCAUCCUGGACAGACAACAUUAUGGCACAGAAGUCUUCGGCGGGAGCCGUGGAGGAGACCCGAGAGCAGGGGGACGGGGCCGAGGACGAGGAGUGGGAUGACUGAGGUGAGUGGGCGUGAAGCGUCUCUGAGGCCACCAGCGCUGCUGAGACUGUGAUCCGUCAACAUCUACUCUGGAGUUGAAGGAAGCAGUCCACCAAGCCUUCCCUGGUUCUUCCUCCUGCUGCCCCAGAAUACUCUUGGAAUAAGCACUGCUAAAGUCAAAUCCAUGACCGUGACAUGACCAAUGGCGCCCCACGCUGUGGCUCCUGGAGGGGCCCUCCCUGGAUGUGAGUGUAGAUCUCCUAGACCUUUCCACCGUGGCCCUUGCCCUGAAUGGCAGCCUUGUUUCUAGAGGCAGGCAGUGGAAUUGAACUUGGUCUUGGUGUACACUUGGGGAAUGGCCCUCAUCUGCAUGCUUUCCCCUGUCCUUGUAUAUCCUGCCUUCCUCCCUCACCUGCCCCCUACCGCCAGGGCUCUGAGCUGUAGCCUUUGCUCUCCUGUUCAAACCUCCUUGUUCCCUCUGUGCCCUUUUCCUUCCCCAGAGCUGCCAGUUCUUUAUUCCUCCUCUGGUUCUCUGCAACAUUGCGGGGCUUCCUGUCUCCUGACCUCCCUGGCUGCUGUCUGAUGGGGAUGCUGUUCUCAGGGAGGCCUAGGGUCUUUCCAGGUGGCUGGUCCCCACCUUGCAGGCUUACUCUGCCAGGCCACAUUUCGAUAAAACCUUUGUUUUUGUUGUUUUGUACUUUGAGAACUUUUUAUGAGUGAGUAAACCUUCAGAAAAGGA